GUGCCUACACGCGUGUAUCAAACUCUUCAUCACUAAAAAAAGCACCGUCGUACGUGUGAAGAGACAAAAGCUUACACUGAACCACCGUCGUUCACCCCACCCCACCACCACCUCCUUAUUUCUUCAUCAUUACCCCCAUUCACUCCUUUUAUUCUCAUAACAUGGAUUCCGUCAACCCCAACAUUUUCCGGCCACCGGAGACCCCAAACGACCCCAUGGAGUUUCUCUCCCGCUCAUGGAGCAUCUCCGCCCUACAAGUUUCCAAAACUCUAGCCCCGCCACACCCCGCCGGAGCUGAUGAAAUCUCCGGCGACCUGGAGGAUGUUGCCGCCAGUCCUUUUGCGUUUGCUUCGUCGGAGACUUCACAGUUGAUUAUGGAACGGAUAUUGGCGCAAUCUCUGGAAGUGUCGCCAAGGACGUCCGGGAGGCUCUCGCAUAGUAGCGGCCCGCUGAAUGGAUCGCUUACGGAUAGCCCCCCGGUUUCGCCUUCGGAAAUCAUCGAGGAUGUCAAGUACGGUCGAUUAAAGAAUGUGGUGAACAACCAGUAUCGAGGCGGGGCCAUCAGCAGUACGACAACCGGCGGUGGCGGAAAAACGGUCGGGAGGUGGUUGAAGAACAGGAGAGAGAAAAAGAAAGAGGAGACUAGAGUUCAUAAUGCUCAGUUACAUGCAACUGUUUCGGUUGCUGGUGUUGCUUCUGUUGUUGCUGCCAUUGCGGCCGCCACUGCCGCCUCUGGACAUAGAAAGGAUGAAGAGAUGAUGAAAACCGACUUGGCUGUAGCAUCUGCCGCCACUUUGGUGGCAGCACAGUGUGUGGAGGCUGCAGAAGCGAUGGGUGCUGAACGCGACCAUCUUGCUUCUGUUGUUAGCUCUGCGGUUAACGUCCGGUCACCAGGUGAUAUCAUGACGUUAACAGCUGCCGCCGCCACCGCUCUUCGGGGUGUGGCGACUUUAAAAGCACGGGCAGUGAAGGACACGUGUAAUAUCCCUGCUGUACCGCGUACAGAAAAGGGGAGUGUUCAUAGCAAUGGCACGGCCAGCAGUUCAAACGGUAGUUAUAGUGACGAGUUUAUACCCGAAGAAAAUUUCCUGGGAAUAUGUAGCCGCGAACUGCUUGCCCGAGGUUGUGUGCUCCUCAAACGCACCCGUAAAGGUGAUCUUCAUUGGAAAAUAGUUUCUGUUUAUAUCAACAAAAUGGAUCAGGUGAUCCUGAAAAUGAAGAGCAGACAUGUUGCUGGGACCAUUACCAAAAAGAAGAAGAAUAUUGUGUUGGAGGUUAUAAAAGAUAUGUCACCGUGGCCGGGGCGGCCACUGGUGGAAGAGCGCCGCUACUUUGGGCUGAAGACGGUGGCUCGUGGGGUUGUGGAAUUCGAAUGUAAAAAUGAGAGGGAGUAUGAUAUUUGGACUCAAGGUGUGUGUAGGUUGCUUGCGGUUGCUGCAGAAAGAAGCAAUGGGAUAUGAAAGUAACCAAAAUAAUACUACGAAGUAGAUUUUGUGAGUUUGGCUGGGAGAGUUAUUAAUAUAUUAUUAUGUGUAAAUCUUUUGUUUUAGUACAACAAUCUAAUUAUUGUGGUUUAGUCGUGAACGGUUUAGCGUCGUUACUGGUUUUUGUAAAUCUAUAAUAUGACUAAAUUACUGAUUGGGUGGGCAUAUGUUAUUGAUGUUUA